CAUCCAGGUCCUCUCCUCUGGCCUCUACUGACCGGCCACAGCCGACUCUCAACCCCACCCCUCCAUCGGGCCAACACUCCCCACUCCCAUCCUCACAGGAGCUCCUGACCCAAGGACUAGUGGUAGGCAGAUCGAAACCCAGAGAUGGAAGCGGGCAAGGUUACAGAGGAGCCUCAUACUGGCAGCGAUGCAGAAGAGCACCCCUCUCCAAAGGACCCCGCUGCUGAAGACUUUCAGGAGCCCCAGCCCUAUGAAGUUCCCGUGGAGCCUUCCAUCUCUGAGACCCCUCUAGAGCCUCAUAGCUCCAUGUCCCCUGAAGUUCCCGUGGAGCCUUCCAUCUCUGAGACCCCUCUAGAGCCUCAUAGCUCCAUGUCCCCUGAAGUUCCCGUGGAGCCUUCCAUCUCUGAGACCCCUCUAGAGCCUCAUAGCUCCAUGUCCCCUGAAGUUCCCGUGGAGCCUUCCAUCUCUGAGACCCCUCUAGAGCCUCAUAGCUCCAUGUCCCCUGAAGUUCCCGUGGAGCCUUCCAUCUCUGAGACCCCUCUAGAGCCUCAUAGCUCCAUGUCCCCUGAAGUUCCCGUGGAGCCUUCCAUCUCUGAGACCCCUCUAGAGCCUCAUAGCUCCAUGUCCCCUCUGGAGCCAUCCGGUUCCAAUAGCCCUUUAGGGACCCACACCUCUGAGACUCCUUUAGAGCACAGUGCCUCUGGGUCUCUGUUGGAGGUCACCACUUCACAGACCCCACUGGAGAUCAACACCUCUGAGAGCCUUUUAGCGAUCUACCCCGCUAAAAUCCCGUUAAAGCAAGACUCCUCUAGGACCCCCUCAAAGACCUCCCUAUCGGGAGCCUCAGUGGGCUCUCACACCUCUAAGGACCUUGUUUUUCAGCCCUCUGCAUCUUCCUCUAAAGAUGAUGCUCGGAAGGAAGUCCUCCACAUUGAGCCUUCCUCCAGUGAGGCUCCACAGACCAAGAUGCCCACCCUGGAGGCGCCUGACAUUAAGAUCCUUCCGAAGCCCUCCCUUUCAGGCCGCUCAGCCCAGGUGCACAAGGACUCCACAGCAGGGCAGAAGGAAGAGGCUGAAAAGGGCAAAGAAGGGGCGGCUGUCAGCGACAGCACUGCGCCCACUGCUCAGCCUGGAUGCCAGCUGGGAAAGAAGAAGGGGAAGAAACCAGCUAGCCGAUACACAGUCCGCCCAGUAGUCCCUGCUAGGCAGGCCGAGCUGGUGGAAGUGGCUAAGGCAAUGCACAGAGAUCAGUUUGGUGCUCAGGUGAAUCACCUUUUCCAUUGGGAGAAGCAGGCAGCCCUGAGUGCCAUCCAGACAGGUCUCUACAUUGGCUGGCGCUGUCCACAUUACUUAUGGGACUGUUUCCGGAUUGGGGAUGAGUCCCGGUGUUUCUGUGGCCACUUGCUGAAGGAGCACAGGAUCAUCUCAGGCAUAUCCGUGCCCUGCGGGGUGAGCCAGUGCCGCUGCCUCAUGUUCUGUUUCAUCCCAUCACGCCCAGAGGAAGUGGGCGAGUUCUGGCUCACUAGACGGGCCACCUUCAACCCCAAGGCCUGGAGAGCCCAAUGUCGCUGCAAACACAGCCAUGAAGAUCAUCUCGCCACUGGGUCACAUCCCUGCAGGCACCAAGGCUGUUACUGCAGGUUCUUUGAGUCAAAUUUCCUCUGCGCGGCCUGUGACCGGCGCUGGGAAGAACACGAGACUUUCUUUGAGACUGGGGAGGCACGGCGACGAGGAGGCAGGCCUCACGGCGCAGACUACUUGCCCUUUGCAGAGAUGCCUGCUCUUCAGGAAGUCAUCCAACACAGCUCUGACCUCACAGCCCAGGAGUCGCAGGGGCCCUCUGGCCUCCCCAGCUCCCAAUCUGCGCCCCCUGGACUUCCUGGCCCAAAUAACCCUCAGCGCCCCCCAAGAUCCGACACUCAUACCUGACCCUUUUGUAUUGUCACUCCCUGGAGCAGGCCAUUGUGAGCCUGGUUCAGGUCAAUAAACGGGAAGC